AGCAUAGCGAGGAAACGCCAGCCAGCUCCUAUGUUGGUGAAAGAAGAUGAAAGAGCAUGAUUUGGGAAAGAACUACCUGGUACCUGGGCCUGUGUACCGGGCCGUGCAGAGCAGAGACACUUUACCAGGCACAGAGGUCACCCCAUACGAUCUCGCCAAGGUCCAGGAUGCACUGGAAACGGCGGCAAGGGCAGAGGGUGGUUUGUCCCUGGACGGUGGCGCUCCCUACAUGAAAGAGCUGGAGGAGGAAGCAGUGCGGAGCAAAUACCAACACAGCAUCGGCGUCCUCAAACCUAUCCGCUCCACCAGCAAGCACGAGCACCCGGUGGACAAUGCGGGCCUCUUCUCCUUCAUGACCUUCAACUGGCUGACCCCGUUGGCCGUUCUCGCCCACCGCAAAGGCCAACUGCAGCUGGAGGAUGUGUGGGCUGUGUCCCAGUUUGAAAGCUGCAAGGUCAACCGCCACAGGCUGGCCGGCCUGUGGGAGGAGGAGCGCAGGGUGAAAGGGGACGAGGCUUCCCUGUGCGGUGUGGUCUGGGUGUUCUGUCGGACGCGACUCCUUCUCUCCAUCCUCUGCCUCAUGGUCACCCAGCUAGCCGGCUUCAGUGGCCCAGCCUUUGUGGUGAAGCGUCUGUUGGAGUACACAGAGCAGGCAGAGCCCGAUCUUCCAUACGGCCUGCUGCUGGUCGUGGGGCUGCUGUGCACCGAGCUGGUCCGCUCCUGGUCACUGGCGCUCACCUGGGCCCUCAACUACCGCACAGGCACCCGCCUGCGGGGAGCCAUCCUCACCAUGGCCUUCCACAAGAUCCUGCGGCUCCGCAGCAUCCGAGACAAAUCCAUGGGACAGUUGAUCAACAUGUGUUCUAACGACGGCCAGCGGAUGUUUGAGGCGGCGGCUGUGGGCAGUCUGCUGGCAGGCGGGCCUCUUAUUGCUGUGCUGGGGAUGGGCUUCAACCUGGCUAUACUGGGGCCCACCUCCUUACUGGGCUCUGCAGUCUUCAUCCUCUUCUACCCUGCUAUGAUGUUCAGCUCAAGGCUGACGGCCUACUUCAGGAGGAAGGGCGUGGCCGUGACGGACCGACGGGUGCAGAAGAUGAACGAGAUCCUCAACUACAUCAAGUUCAUCAAGAUGUAUGCCUGGGUCAAGGCCUUCUCCCAGGAUGUGCGCAGGAUUCGAGAGGAGGAGCGCAUCAUCCUAGAGAGGACCGGCUACUUCCAGAGCAUCACAGUGGGCGUGGCUCCCAUCGUUGUGGUGAUCGCCAGCGUUGCCACCUUUUCCACUCACAUGCUUCUGGGCUACGACCUCACAGCUGCUCAGGCAUUUACAGUGGUGACUGUUUUCAACGCCAUGACCUUUGCCCUAAAGGUCACCCCUUUCUCUGUCAAGUCCCUGUCCGAAGCAUCAGUAGCCAUGGAGAGGUUCAAGAGUCUGUUCCUGAUGGCGGAGGUGGAGAUGAUCCGGGACAAGCCCCAGAACCCUCAGGUUGCUGUGGAAAUGACGGGCGCCAGCCUAGCCUGGGAGACGGCGGGUCACAGUACCCAGCCCACGCCCCGUGGCACCCCCUUGGUUGGCGCCACGCUGAGGCACGGGCGGCGGAGGCCCGCCCAGAAGGACAAGGCAGGGGAGCAGGCAGGGCGUCUGCUGAAAGAGGGGGAGAUCCUGUCCAGCCCCGAGGGCAACUCCCCUCCCAUCCCCUCCGUCAGCCAGCGGCUGCAGAGGACCCUGCACUGUGUGGACCUCACCGUUCAGCAGGGGAAGCUGACUGGGAUCUGUGGAAGCGUGGGCAGUGGGAAGACCUCUUUGAUCUCUGCCAUCCUUGGACAGAUGACCCUGCUGGAGGGCAAGGUGGCAGUGAACGGGGACUUUGCCUAUGUGGCCCAGCAGGCCUGGAUCCUCAAUGCCACGCUCAGGGACAACAUCCUCUUUGGGAAAGAGUACGAGGAGGAGAGGUUCCAGGCUGCUCUGAGUGCAUGCUGUCUGAGACCUGACCUGGCUAUCCUGCCCAACGCCGAUCUGACUGAGAUCGGAGAGCGUGGCGCCAACCUGAGUGGCGGGCAGCGCCAGCGGAUCAGCUUGGCACGUGCCCUGUACAGUGACCGAGCCAUCUACAUCCUGGACGACCCGCUCAGCGCACUGGAUGCCCACGUGGGCAACCACAUCUUCAACAACGCCAUCAAAAAGCAGCUCCGCCACAAGACGAUCAUCUUUGUCACUCACCAGCUGCAGUACCUGGUGGACUGCGAUGAUGUCAUCUUCAUGAGGGAGGGCAGCAUCACGGAGCAGGGCAGCCAUGAGGACCUGAUGCGUCUCAAUAGAGACUACGCAGCCAUGUUCAACAACCUACAGCUGGGAGAGACGUCCUUCAUAGAGGUGCCAACUAAGAAGUCUCGGAACUCCCUAAAGAAACCCCCAGAGAACACGAAGUCUGGAUCUAUAAAGAAGGACAAGCCUGUUAGCAAAGACAGCGGCCAGCUGAUGCAGGUGGAGGAGCGCAGGGGGGGCUCGGUCCCCUGGUCUGUGUACGGCGUCUACAUCCAGGCCUCGGGUGGAGCGCUGGCCUUCCUCCUAAUCCUGGCCCUCUUCGUCCUCAACGUGGGCAGCACGGCCUUCAGCAACUGGUGGCUCAGCUACUGGAUCAAGCAGGGCAGCGGGAAUACCACGGUGUUGGUGGGGAACAGUUCGGUUGUGAGUGAAAGCAUGAGGGACAACCCCCUGAUGCAGCGCUACGCUGGAGUCUACGCCUCGUCUAUGGGUGUCAUGCUGCUGCUAAAACUGCUGCGCGGCAUCAUAUUUGUCAAGGGCACUUUGCAGGCUUCGUCCAGGCUUCACGAGGAGCUCUUCCGGAAGAUUCUCCGCAGCCCCAUGAAGUUCUUUGACACCACGCCCACUGGACGUAUCCUCAACCGCUUCUCUAAAGACAUGGACGAGGUGGACACACGGCUGCCGUUCCAGGUAGAGAUGUUCAUCCAGAAUGUCAUCCUGGUCUUCUUCUGUCUGGGCGUGAUCGGCAGCAUCUUCCCCUGGUUCUUAGUGGCUGUGGGCCCCCUGGUGCUGCUCUUCACCAUGCUCUACAUGGUGUCGCGCGUGUUCAUCCGCGAGCUCAAGCGCCUAGACAACGUCACCCAGUCGCCCUUCGUCUCGCACAUCACCUCCAGCAUCCAGGGCCUCUCCACCAUCCACGCCUACAACAGGGGCCACGAGUUCCUGGACAGGUAUCAGGAGCUCCUGGAUCAGAACCAGGCUCCUUUCUACCUGUUCAGCUGUGCCAUGCGCUGGCUGGCCGUGCGGCUGGACGUCAUCAGUGUGUCUCUGAUCAGCAUCACAGCGCUCAUGAUAGUCCUCAUGCAUGGCCAGAUCCCCCCGGCCUAUGCCGGCCUGGCCAUCUCCUACGCUGUGCAGCUCACAGGGCUGUUCCAGUUCACAGUCAGACUAGCCUCUGAAACUGAGGCUCGCUUCACUUCUGUGGAGAGAAUUCACCACUACAUUGAGUCUCUAGCGCUGGAGGCCCCGGCCCGCAUCAAGAACAAGGCGCCCCCACCAGACUGGCCCCAGGAGGGUGAGGUGGUGUUUGAUGGGACUGAGAUGAGGUACAGAGACAAUUUGCCACUGGUUCUCAAGAACUUGUCCUGCACCAUCCGGCCCAAGGAGAAGAUUGGCAUAGUGGGCCGGACGGGCUCAGGGAAGUCUUCUCUGGGGGUAGUUCUGUUCCGUCUGGUGGAGCCCUGUGGCGGCUCCAUCAAGAUAGACGGCAUCAACAUCUGUGACAUCGGCCUGGCCGACCUCCGCAGCAAGCUGUCCAUUAUCCCUCAGGAGCCUGUGCUGUUCAGCGGCACAGUCAGGUCAAACCUGGACCCCUUUAACCAAUACGCAGAGGAGCUGAUCUGGGACGCUCUGGAGCGGACACACAUGAAGGAGUGUGUGUCUCAGCUGCCCCUGAAGCUGGAGUCAGAGGUGGUGGAGAACGGAGAGAACUUCUCCGUGGGAGAGAGACAGCUGCUCUGUGUUGCUAGAGUCCUGCUCAGACAGUGCAAGGUCCUGAUCUUGGACGAGGCAACGGCAGCAAUGGACUCGGAGACGGAUUCUCUGAUCCAGGAGACAAUCCGCAAUGCCUUUCAGGACUGCACCACCCUGACCAUAGCCCACCGGCUGCACACCGUACUCAACUGUGACCGCAUUAUGGUGCUCAACCAGGGACAGGUGGUGGAGUUUGAUGAGCCGUCCAAACUGCUGACCAAUGAGAACUCUCGAUUCUGUUCCAUGCUUGCUGCCGUGGAGAACAAGAUCUCUGUGAAAGGCUAAAAUCGACACAGGAGGCACAGACAUGCCCUGGAGAUGAGGAGAGGGGAGGACGCUCCCAAAGGGGUCCAGCCAUCCGACAGCUCCCUCCGUGGUCUCACCCCCCUCCUCCUCGUACCCACCCUGAGCUUACCGCUCAGCCUGUGGAGGGGUGCCGCAUCGGACCAUGGAAUUAUAAUUCUACGGUUGCAUCAGGUCCUUGGUAUAAGGCAAGGGCUGCCCUGAGGAGAUGCUUGGUCAGAAGCCAUUUCAGCUGGAAUGGUCAGGG